AUGAUACAAAUUAUGGAUCAUUUGAAUGAUUUUUUUAGUGCGACUGGAGAGGAGGAACCCAGUCCGUUGCCUUGUUUAGUUUACGUUCAUGGUGAAAGUUACGAAUGGAACUCCGGUAAUCCGUACGACGGAACUGUCCUGGCCUCAACUGGAAGAGUUAUAGUAGUCACCAUCAAUUUCCGACUCGGUGUAUUAGGAUUUCUUAAAACCGGCACCAAGGGUAGUGCGCAGGGGAAUUUCGGGCUAAUGGAUCUGGUUGCCGGGCUGCACUGGCUCCGGGAGAACCUCCCCGCCUUCGGAGGCGAUCCCGAGAGGGUGACAUUGAUGGGCCACGGAACCGGAGCCGCCCUAGUCAACUUUAUCGCCGUCUCACCGGUGGCUAAAGAACUGCUACACCGCGUCAUUCUGUUAAGUGGUUCGGGCCUGAGCCCCUGGGCGCUGCAGCGGGAUCCCCUCUGGAUUAAGAGGAUCGUCGCGGGGCACACGGGCUGUCACGGGGAUCUCCACGAAGACGAUCUGGCGCCAUGUCUGAGGCUCAAGCCGCUGGAUCAGCUGCUGAACGUGAAGGUAGACGCGCCGAGGUUCUUGCCAGGAUUCGCCCCCUUCAUCGACGGCACCAUCCUGCUGAACCCCACCAACGCCCCGCCGACCAGCAGCUCGUCUACGGUAGCCACUUCCGCCGGAUUCGAGCUGGCCGACUUCCCGGAACGCGAUCUCCUCUUCGGACUAACAAGCACGGAGUCGUAUCUCGACCUAAACGCGCAAGACCUCGAGUUCGGGUUCAACGAAACCAAACGUGACAGAAUCCUAAGGACAUACGUGAGGAACUCUUAUUAUUACCACCUAAACGAGAUAUUCUCGACGCUCAAGAACGAGUACACGGACUGGGAGAGGCCCACUCAGAACCCCUUGAGUGUCAGAGACGCGACGCUCGACGUCCUCAGUGACGGACACACCGCGGCGCCUUUGAUCCGGAUAGGGUAUUUGCACACCAUGAGCGGGGGCAAGACGUUUUUUCUCCAUUUCCAGCACCACGGCGGCGAGAGAGAGUUUCCCAUGCGGCCGGGCAGCGUGCGAGGAGAGGACCUGCCGUACAUCCUGGGUUUGCCCCUGAUUGGGGGCGGCCCCUUUUUUCCCCACAACUACAGCCACAGCGACGCUGCCGUCUCCAAAACUCUCAUCCAUUAUAUCAGCAAUUUCGUUAGGAAGGGGGACCCAAAUGGCGCUGUUCCAAAUGCAUCGGCGUCCGAGGCCAAAAAUUCACAAAAAGACCACGAGGAGACCAGCACGCCUUACUGGGACACGUACGACACUAUCAACCAGUUUUAUCUGGAAUUAGGAAGCCGUCCUGAGAGGAGAGAUCAUUACAGGGGACAUAAAAUGUCACUUUGGCUGAAUCUUAUACCUCAACUCCAUCGGCCUGGAGAAGGAGACGACAUUUCUAUGAGGCAUCAUCAUUUUCAAGAGGACGGUGAUCAGUAUUAUGACGGUUCCGUCCGUGAUCAGAAGGAAAAGCCGCCGCUUGUUCACUUCAUCGCCCCACCGCCGCCAGUAACAACCGUUCGAGUACCGCCUGCCAGCACUUCACCCACGCCACCGCCUCCAAAGUCGGAUACGGCUCUGCAGGCGACCACUACCGAAUGCCCCCCGAACAGCACCAUUCUCAUCCCCAGCCAAAACAAGAACUCCAACAACAAUCUCCUCAGAAAACUCGCCUCUAGCCAUUACCAGAGCUACACCACUGCUCUUACCGUCACCAUCGCCGUCGGUUGCUUCCUGCUGCUGCUUAACAUACUUAUUUUCGCCGGUAUCUAUCACCAGAGGGACAGAGGGAAGAGUAAAAAGAAACAGAAGGAGGAGUUAGCUGAAGCAGGCAGCUGCAGCAGCUCAUCCGGGGAAGCGUACGAGAAGGCCUACGAAUCCCGCCAAAUAGCGUCGUUCGACUGCAACGCGACCUACCAAGCGACCUUCGAGCGCAAAAUGAUGCCAAACUAUAUCGGCGAGUUCAGCUGCGACAAAAGGUCGCUGGCCGACGUCCAGAUGACGGAGCUGCCCCUGCAGGAGUUCAACUCGUCGCCGCCGCCAGCGAAACGACCCGAAGGCAACUCGCACAGCCACCCGCCGGACGUCACGAGCACGAGCCAGGACGUCCAGCAGCAGAGCGCCAUCAGUCCGAGUAUCCCCGAGCCCCCGCCGCCCCCCAGGGGGCAGCCACCCAUAGGAACGAACCAGACGGGCAUCUUGAGGGCGCAAGGAGCGCCCACCACCCCAGGGACUAUGAAAAAACGCGUCCAAAUCCAGGAAAUUUCUGUAUGA